UUUCUCUGAAGAUCAGGUGUCAGUAUAACAUCAAGACAUAAUCACCCUGACAAGCUUGCACACUUAGCAGCCAGUCUCAGCGUCAGGGAGCUCAUCUCUCUCAGCUGGUUUUUUGCAGUUGCUUGAAUCUCUACCACAGCCAUGUCUGACACAGAAGAAGUUGAACACGUAGAGGAAGAAUACGAAGAGGAAGCACCUGCCGCUGAAGCAGAAGAAGGCGAAGUUGAAGACCAAUAUGAGGAUGACGACUACAACGAGGAGAGGCCAAAACCAAAGAUUACUGGCCCCAGAAUUCCAGAGGGAGAAAAAGUCGACUUUGAUGACAUCCACAAGAAACGUCAGAACAAGGACCUUCUUGAGCUGCAGGCCCUGAUUGAUGCUCACUUUGAACACAGGAAGCAGGAAGAGGAGGAGCUUGUUGCUUUAAAAGACAGGAUUGAAAAGCGUAGAUCUGAAAGGGCUGACCAGCAGAGGAUCCGAGCUGAGAAAGAGAAGGAGCGACAAACUAGAUUGGCUGAAGAGAAAGUAAGGAGGGAAGAAGAAGAUCUGAAGAGAAGAGCUGACGAUGAUGCCAAAAAGAAGAAGGCUUUGUCUUCCAUGGGAGCUGCUAGCAGUUACUUGGCCAAGGCUGACCAGAAGAGAGGCAAAAAACAGACUGCCAGGGAAGUGAAGAAGAAGAUCUUGGCAGAACGACGCAAGCCUCUUAACAUCGACCAUCUGAAUGAAGACAAGUUGAGGGAAAAAGCCAAGGAACUCUGGGACUGGCUGUACCAGAUGGAGUCUGAGAAGUUUGAUAUGAGUGAGAAACUGAAGAGGCAGAAAUAUGAGAUUACUACAGCUAGGAACCGCAUUGAUGAACUCCAAAGCACAGCAAGAAGGCAGGUGGCACCAAGGGCAAAGUCGGUGGUCGCUGGAAGUAAAGCGAUCACUGAAGGCUCGCACUCUAAGCAGCGUCCCUCCAUUCAACUGCAUCGUCUUCCUCUGCUUUAUAAGAUACUGUCAUGGACUCCAGUAGGCCAAAGGAAUAAAGAGAGACCUGUAUUAUGGAAACAACUCAGAACCAUGCCUUAAUCCAUACCCGUUGCCAUUCAUUUCCAUUAUUUAUUAUCAGAGUGCAACUAUACUCAUCUCCUUUGGGAACUGUUGUAUGAUUCUCAUUUUUGUAAAUAAAGUAUGACAUACAUUAUGCACCUUCA